CCUCACUCGGAGCCCAUGGCGAUGUCGUGCAGGUGGAAAAAAAUGCACAACCGUAUCAUGUUCGCGAAGGCUUUAGAGCUAUCUCCUUCGGUGCAAUGCGCGUCUAGGAACGAUCCUGUAGGAUGAUGGCAUGGGUGCAGACUCCUUCUUUACUGGAUACACACACUGUAAUCGCACGGGUUCAUCCAAUCGGCAAGGGUAUCUUGCUCUUCAUUCCCCUCGCACUGUUGUGGAUGCACCCAUGUGCUAGCGCCUCCGCCCGCCUGCGACAAAGAUUGAAUCAGCGCAACUGAUCCGA